UGGGGGCGGGGCGCGGCGGCAGCGCGCUGCCGGGUCGGGCGGUGGAGCCGGAGCCGGAGCCGGUGCCGGUGCGGGGCCGGUGCGGAGCGGGGCGGGCGGGGCCGGACCGGGCCAUGGCGCUGCUGCUGGAGCACGAGUUCAAGCCGCUGCCGGCCGACAAGCAAGUCGAGACGUUGCCCUUCCUGGAGGCCGUGGCGCACCUGCCGCCGUUCUUCGACUGCCUGGGGACUCCCAUCGUCUACUCGCCGGUCAAAGCAGACCUGACUGGAAAUAUCAAGAAAAUCCGGGCGGUUUACGACUCCAACCCCGCCAAGUUCAAAACGCUGCAGAACAUCCUGGAGGCGGAGAAGGAGAUGCACGGCUCGGCCUGGCCCAAGACGGGCGCGACGCUGGCGCUGAUGUGGUUGAAAAGGGGCCUGAAGUUCAUGCUGGUGUUGCUGCAGAGCAUCUCCGACGGCGAGCGGGACGAGGAGCAUCCAAACCUCAUCCGAGUGAACGCCAUGAAGGCUUACGAGAUCGCGCUGAAGAAAUACCACGGCUGGAUGCUGCAGAAGCUCUUCAUGGGCUCGGUCUACGCUCUUCCGUACAAAUCGGAUUUGCUGAAGGCGUUAGAGAAGGGGAAAGAAGUCAAAGAGGAGGAAAGCAUAGAGAAGAUUCAUCAGUUUCUCUCCAGGGUCACCCCCAUCCUGGAUGCGAUUUAUGAGAUGUACACAAAGAUGAACGCCGAGCUGAGCUACAAAGCCUAAAAGGCUCA